AUGCAUCUCGCCUCAGCUCGCCUUGCUGUCACAACUACGCUGCUGUCACUGAGCAGCUCGCAGGGCUCAGGAUUUAUUUUUGGAUUAUCAUGGCGCCUGUUCCUUCCAUUUGCAGAAGGGGGGUCGAGUUGGGCUCAACAUGAACCUGCCGCUCUGACACUCCGGGCUGGGACAAGCAGGCAGCAGCCGGCCGGCCGCCCCCCAAGCAGCAGUCGCACAGGGGAACCUGCCUGGAGUGCUUUUGAACAUCAGCAACAAGUUUUUACCUGGGUGCUGAAGCACUCAUGGCUGUCGCUUAUGGUAGUGUCACCCAGCCAGGCCUGCUUUCCCAGCAGUACCCCCCACCCCUGCUUCCCAAGCCUGGAAAGGACAACGUUCGGCUUCAGAAACUCCUCAAAAGGACUGCCAAGAAAAAAGCUUCUGCUCAAGCAUCACAGUCUACCGCACUUUUCCGCUCCAGCCUCUCCCCUGUAAAUGAAGCAAGCCCUGACCUCGAGCACAGUGACCACUCCACCCCACCUCGCACUCCAGACACACCACAGAGCAUCUACAGCAACCAACAGCCACCAAGGUUCAUCAUCAGGCUUCCGUAUCAGCAUGUGGCAUCGCCAUACCCACAGCGUGCAGCUUAUGGCAGAGGAGCUAGGAUGUCACCUCCAACAGUGGCAAUGCCUUCAUACUCUUACUCUCAACAUGUCACCACAGUUUCUUACCCAGUUUACCCUGAAGGAGUCUCAGCAGCCCUGGGACAAGUCACUCAGCCAGGGCCACCCAAAGUGCUGCUGUUGGCUUCUGAGGUGACAGUAUCUGCUGCUGAAUUGGACACAGCUGUAGCAACCGCACCUUCAAAACCUCGAAGUCCAGGUCCAACUCCAUUUACAAUAGCUGGGGGUCAGCCAGUGAUUAGACCUCUCACUGUGUUGACCCCACUGGUCAAACCCAGAAGUCCACGUCCAACAUUUAAAGCAACCGAACCCUCAAAAUCACCCAAACCCAUGUUUGAUGUCCCUCAAAUUAGGAUGUACACUGCAAGCACAUCCUUUUACGAGAAUUCCAGGAUGCCACCAGUGUAUGACACAGCUGGAUUAACUGCUAUUGGUAGUACAUUACCUCAAAGUAAGACACCAGUUGAGACAAAACAAGCUACUCAGAGAACAACACCAACUUCAGAUAUUAAGAGAGGCAUUACACCAACAGCAGAGAUUAAUGCCACCAUUGUUCCUGCUUUGGAGAUCAACACAGCCACAUCAAUAUCUGAAAUCAAAAGAGUCACGCCAACUGCCGAAAUCAAAAGAGUCACGCCAACUGCCGAAAUCAAAAGAGUCACGCCAACUGCCGAAAUCAAAAGAGCCCCACCAACAACAACUGAAAUCAAGAAAGUCACCCCAACAGCUGAAAUCAGAGUUAAAACACCAACUUAUGAGUUCCAAACAUCAAGAACUGCAGCAGGAAGGCCUAAAACACCAGCGCACCAUGUAAACCGCGCUGCAACACCAGUAUUUGAGAUCUCAAGACCCAAUCCUCUCUUAUUUGCAGUGUCACCAGUCACAGUAGAGUCAGAGUGGUCGAGGGCACCUCAAACAGUGGUAAGCAGUUCAUCUGCUUCCCAAAGUGUGAAGACUACAGUGCCUCUUGAACAAACAUUAAAUAGGGACAUCCACUCAGACAUGAUGCCUUCAGCAAAACCAAUACAACCAAGUAUUAGAAAGUCAAAGUCGGAACCCAUGCUGUCAAGCAGAAAGAGUUCAACUGGGUCUGAAGAGCCCAAAACUUCAAUAACACCAGCAGUGACUGGGUAUCAGAGGGCUAAGACUCCAACAUAUGAGGCAUCCCGACUUAUUACCACAUCACCUGGCUACAAAAGACCAAAGACACCCACCUAUGGGACAUCACCUUUAAGUGGGUCACCUAUAGGCUUUCAGAGACCUAAAACACCAACUCAAGUGUCUCAAAAGUCAAAGUCUGGUUAUCGUGGACUCACACCGGCUGAAUACGCUGCUUAUGGAGGAAUCAGAACUUACUCUCCAGCAUUUGAUAUUUCAGUUUCAACUACGCUGACUAAAGAGGAUGAUAAAGCUAAAAGAGAGAUCUCUGAAGAAUCAAAAGCCCCCAGCCAAGAACCCUCUGAGCCAUCUACAGUCAAAGAAACACCAAAAAAUGUUGCUCACUACCACCAGAGAGAUGAGAAGGUUGCUGCCACACCUCCAGUCCCUUUUAUUGUUGUUACACAAGCAUCUGACUCACCUGGAGCGAUGUUAACACAAGAGAAGAGCACUGUAUCUGGUCUGGUUGCAGCAAAAGGAGAUACAACAAUCAUUCAAGAAAUGCCAAAAACUAUACUUUCAACAGCAGAGAAUGAGAAAGUGGAAACACUUAUUCAAGAAACUAAACCAAAGACUCCUGAAACCAAACAUCCUUUGCCUAAAGGUGGAGACCAAGAUCCCCUGAAGGCAGUAAAGAAGCUUCUAGGUAAAGAAAAAGUCCCGACUGCUGAGCAGAAAUCUAUACCUGAGAAAAAUGCUGAUGUCGCAGAAAUAAAGGAACAAGGAAAACCUGUAAAUGUCACUAAUAUCACACCUAAAGGCUCAAAGCCAAGUACUGCAGCAUUUCCUCUGCUUAAGGUUUCUGCUGCUGUAGCAGACAAAGAACAGGACAUUAAAACAGAAUCACCUUCAGGAGAUCAAUUGGCACCUGAGAAAAAGGACAGUGAUGAGAGCCUACCAGUAGGCGAGUCUCUUCUUAAAGCCAUAUUAAAGCCGAAGGGAUUGAAAUCUAAAGCGAGCGGUUGGUCAAGGCUCAAGACACACAUGGUGGUGGAGCAGGCGGAGCCCAAAUUCCCAGAUACAGGCUCUGAGAAGGUGGUCACGGGGCAGGACCAGAAGGAGACAAAAACAGUGGAGAAAGCUGGAGACGAGCCCAGCACCCAAAAUGAAAACCAAACCAAAGACUCUCCCAAGGCGACACAAAUGUGGGACGCUGUCCUCUUCCAAAUGUUUUCUUCCAAGGAGAACAUCAUGCACCAGAUUGAGUUAAAUAAAAGUGAGGAGGAGAAGAAAGAAGAGGGAAAAGAUGAGCUGAAAGAAAUACCGUCAUUCGCGUACAGGUUGCCUGUGCUGCUUUUCAGUCCAAAAUUUGAUGCUAAAAAGCUCAAAGAGGCAGCAUCGAGGCCGGUCACAAAAAUUUCCACUGUAUUUGAAAUGGGCCUGAUUGGGCGAAAAGGUAAAGAUGAGGAACCAAAAGACUUUAAUAGAACAGCAAGGGGGUUCACCACUUCUUAAGCUACACCCAAGAUGAAGUGCCAAGACAAAAGUGUAAAAAACAAAACAAAAAAACAAAAAACCAAAACAGGAUUCUAUGUUUAAUGUACAGAUGCAGAAAAUCUUAGCCACAGAAACAAUGUAAAAGUCUGGAGUCUUAGUCCCUUGUUGCUGCAGUGCUGAAGAAAACUUCGGUCAGAACUUUAUACUUGACAAAUGCUUUGUGUGACUGGCUGUCAGGGUGUUAGCAUACAUGUCUGUAUUUGUGGAUUAGCUUGAAAGAGAGCUCUCUUUGUCUUAAAGUCAUUGAGACAUCACACCAAGUGUUGUAAGAGCUUCUCAUUUGUUCUUUUCUUCAAAGUGUUCACAAUAAACAGACACUGUUAGAUUAUGAA